CUUUCACUUCAUGAAAGCUGUCUUCGGUCUGUUCCACUGUCAUCUACAAACAUGGAGCUGGAGCUGGCCCUUCUUACCCUCACGGUUUUACUCUCAACUGAUGCUCAGUUUAUACACAACUAUUUCUACAUAACUGGAUGUUCUGGCACAGAAGAAGAAAGUAUGCUUGGAUCUGACGGAGAGGAGAUGUGGCAUGCUGACUUUAUUCGAAAGAUGGGAGUAAAUACAUUACCUGAUUUUGCAGACCCCAUGAGCUUUCCAGGAUUUUAUGAAGCGAGCGUUGCACAACAAGAAGUUUGCAAACAAAACUUAGAUGUGUGCAUUAAAGCUUACAACAACCCACCAGAGGAAAUGGACCCGCCCGAGACCUCCAUCUAUCCGCAGAAUGAUGUCGAGCCGGGGGUUGAGAACACCCUCAUCUGUCACGUGACGGGGUUCUUCCCUCCGCCGGUCAACGUUUCCUGGACGAAGAACAACGUGAUGGUGACAGAAGGCGUGAGUCUGAGCCAGAGCCGGCCGAGGAACGAUGGACUCUUCCACGUGUUCUCCUCCCUGAAGAUCAUUCCUGAACACAGAGACAUUUACAGCUGUACGGUGAACCACAGAGCCCUCCAGCGGCCACAGACCAAGAUCUGGGGUGUCGGAAAGGCGUCUGCUGUCGCGCCCAGUGUGGGUCCAGUGCUGUUCUGUGGACUGGGAAUGACUCUGGCUCUGCUGGGAAUGGCCACUGGAAUCUGUUUCUGUAUUAAAGCAACUGCAACUGACCGUUCAGAUCUGGCAAAAAAAGAAAAAAAAGCAAUGCAGUGGAUCUACCAGUGAAGACGAUUCGAUACAGUGCAUGUGUGUGUGUGUGUCUCUUCAGAUGAUUGACUAACAUUAUGAUCUGGUUGAACCCUGAAAGUGUCUUUGCUUGCUCUUAUUUACGCUUAAAACUAAAAGUAUUUGGUUUGCUGUCCAUCAAAAGUAAUCUAAACAAAUCAUAAUCUUGAUAUUGAGGGACAGAAUGAUUAAAAUAAGACACUUUUGCUUCAUUCAUGUUAAAUGUACAGUAGUAGAAACAUUGUUGUACUUGAAACUAAGCAUUCAAAAUUAAAUGUUUAAAAGUGCAGUUGACACUAUUGGUAAAAUAUUUGUUAAAAUUAUUAUAAAACUUAAUCUAAAUGAGUUAUAUUUUGUGACAUAAAUUCCAAAUAAAGAUUGAGAUGUCUA